CAUACAUAAUUGUCAGUUUUGAUUUUCGUGAAACAAGGGCUGACAUCUUCCACACUGAGCAAUUCUUUAGUUUGUCGAGUCAAUAUUCCAAGACCAACAACUAUAUGAACCCGAUUUGACGAUAGUGAAAUACUGAGACAAAUACACAAUAAUAUGAUGAAAUGGGAUGGCAUCCACCUCCACAAUUGAUUGAUGAACAUAUGAUAUAUUACCCUCAAUAGUCUGAAAUUUUCUUGAAAAUGGUUGAUGAUGCAGAACAAAAAUGUACAGGGACAUGUGCCACAGUUGAUCAAACUGUGGAUACCUUCGAGAUGCCAGGACAAGUGACAGAUUCGCAGGUGCUCCGGGAUUUGGCUACCCGGAUCAGGAUAAACAGUGUCGAAGCUACUUCUGCAGCUAAAUCCGGCCACCCCACUUCAUCCUCAUCCAUAGCCGAAAUCCUCUCGGUGCUCUUCUUCAACACGAUGCGCUACAAGGUAUCCGCCCCUCGCGACCCUUCCAGCGACAGACUCGUCCUUUCCAAGGGCCAUGCAGCUCCAGCCCUCUACGCAGCUUGGGUGGAAAACGGGCUGGUGCCGGCUGCCGAGCUGCGGCAGCUGCGCCAGGUGGGCAGCGACCUGGAGGGGCAUCCCACGCCUCGGCUGGCCUUCGUCGACGUCGCCACGGGAUCGCUGGGCCAGGGUUUGGCCAUGGCCGACGGGAUGGCCUAUGUGGGGAAGUACGUCGAUAAGGUGGAUUUCAGAACUUACUGCCUUAUCGGAGACGGAGAAAGCGCCGAAGGCUCAAUCUGGGAAUCCAUAGCCUUCGCUAGUCAUUACAAGCUAGACAACUUGGUCCUCAUCGUGGACGUCAAUAGGCUCGGUCAGACAGAAGAAACCAUGCUGGGACAUCACUUGGACAUGUACAAAAGACGUUUGGAAGCUUUCGACUUCAAUGCCAUGGUCGUAGAUGGACACGACGUCGAUGCUUUGAUCAAAGCAUUCGACGCAGCUGCAGCCACCAAAGGGAAACCAACAGCUAUCAUCGCCAAAACUUUUAAGGGUAAGGACUUCCCAGGUGUAGAAGACAAAGACAACUGGCACGGCAAGCCUCUGGGAGCGCAAUCAGAGAAGGUCUUGGCCCAUCUGAACUCCUUGCUCAAGGUCAAGGGCAAACUCAAGUUCACCAUACCACCAACUGUUACGCUAGCUCCAGCAGUCAGCAUUUCCAACAUUAAGCUAACAUCGCCACCUUCUUAUAAGAAGGGAGACAUGCUGGCCACCAGAUCAGCAUAUGGAACUGCUUUGGUGAAGCUGGCCAAGUCCAAUCCCAGGGUGAUGGCUUUCGACGGAGACAUGAAAAAUUCCACGUUUUCCGAGGAAUUGAUGAAGUUCAAUCCCGAUGAGUUCGUGGAGUGUUUCAUAGCUGAACAGAACCUUGUGGGAGUUGCUGUUGGAGCUGCUUGUAGGGAUCGAGUUGUGGCCUUUGUGUCCACUUUUGCAGCUUUCUUGACUAGAGCUUUUGACCAGUUCCGUAUGGCAGCAAUCUCCCAAUCGAACAUCAAUGUCUGCGGAUCUCACUGUGGGGUCUCUAUAGGAGAAGAUGGGCCCAGUCAGAUGGCCUUGGAAGAUAUUGCCAUGUUCAGGACUAUCCCUGGAAGCACAAUAUUCUAUCCUGCCGACGUGGUAGCUACCGAAAGAGCGAUGGAACUUGCAGCUAAUACUCCUGGCAUCACUUUCAUCCGGACUUCUAGACCUCCUACCGCCGUCAUUUAUUCCAACGAUCAAACUUUCCAGAUUGGCAAAGCCAAUAUCGUCCUCAGCAGCACAAAGGACCAAAUCCUGAUCAUAGCAGGCGGUGUAACGAUCCAGGAAUCCAUGCUGGCAGCGAACACGCUGUUGCAGACGGGAAUAGGAGCUAGGGUGAUGGAUCCCUUCACCAUCAAACCCAUCGAUAAGGAGGGAAUCAUAAGCCACGCAAAAGAAGUUGGCGGGAGGAUUCUGGUAGUCGAAGACCAUUAUCCGGAAGGGGGUAUCGGCGAAGCAGUGUUGGCUGCGGUAGCGGAAGAGAAGGGUAUACAGGUGAAGCUGGUGGCUAUACCAAGGGUGCCGAGGUCUGGCAAGACGGCAGAUUUGCUGAGUUUGUAUGGCAUCGAUGCUAAGGGUAUAGUCGAGCAUGUGAAGAAUGCUUUGAAGAUGUGAUGGUUGUAUAUGACAAUAAGCUGACUUAAAUAAACAUUUCCAUGAACCUAC